AUGGAGCAGUGCAAGCUGGCAUGGCCUUGGAUACUGUUUUCCCUACUUGCGACACAGGCUCGUGUUGCACCGAAACCUGGACUGUGGCCCCUGCCACGUUCGGUGGAGCUGUUUCCUCAUCUGUUCUUCCUGUCCCGCCAAGAGUUCAAGAUCAACUUCGGCUCUUCUUCCAAAGUCGGCCCCUCCUGCAUUAUCCUGCAGGAAGCAUUUAGGCGUUAUCGUAUGUAUAUUUUUGACAACCACAAAAGGCUGCAAGGUCCUGCUAAAUUUGAAAGUCGAAAACAGUUACAGCAACUCCUGGUCUCAGUGGUCCAUGAUAAAGAGUGUGAGUCUUUCCCCAAUAACUCUUCAGAUGAAUCCUAUAGCUUGGAGGUACUUGGACCAGUGGCUUCCCUCCAUGCCAACAGUGUCUGGGGAGUGCUGAGAGGUUUAGAGACCUUUAGCCAGUUAAUUCAUCAAGAUUCCUAUGGGAUGAUCACCAUCAAUAAAUCCAGUAUUACUGAUUCUCCAAGAUUUCCUCACAGAGGCAUUUUAAUUGAUACAGCCAGACACUACCUUCCAGUUAAGCUCAUUUUAGAAACUCUGGAUGCCAUGGCUUUUAACAAGUUCAAUGUUCUCCACUGGCACAUAGUAGAUGAUCAGUCUUUCCCAUACCAGAGCACCACUUUUCCAGAGUUAAGUAAUCAGGGGGGCUAUUCCUUAUCACAUGUGUAUACUCCAAAUGAUGUCCAUAAGGUGAUUGAAUAUGCUCAGUUACGAGGAAUUCGAGUCAUACCUGAAUUUAACACCCCUGGACAUACACAGUCUUGGGGUAAAGGUCAAAAAGGUUUCCUAACUCCAUGCUAUAAUCCAAAGAUGCCAAAUGAGUCUUUUGGCCCUGUAAAUCCUGUCCCACAUUCAACUUACAUCUUCAUGUCUAAUUUUCUUGAAGAAAUUAGCAAAGUGUUUCCAGAUAAAUUUAUUCACUUGGGAGGAGAUGAAAUAGCAUUCCACUGUUGGCAGACCAAUCCAGGAAUUCAAGCUUUCAUGAAAACCAUGGGCUUAGCAAAUAAUUUAAAAGCACUAAAGUCUUUCUAUAUUAAAAAGCUUUUGGACAUGGUUUCAAAUAUAAGAAAAGGAGCCAUAGUCUGGCAUGAUGCUUUUGAUAAAGAUAAGCUUCAACCAGGAACAGUGGUUCAAAUAGGAAAAAUGGAGCAAUAUUCCAUUCAUGAAGCUAAUAUCACAGCAGCUGGUUUCCAGGUGAUCCUUUCUAGUCCUUGGUACUUAGAUGAAAUCAGUUAUGGAGAUGACUGGACAAAGUAUUAUGAAGUGGAGCCUCUUGAUUUUUCUGGUUCUCCAAAACAGAAACAACUUGUCAUUGGUGGAGAAGCAUGUAUAUGGGGAGAAUAUGUGGAUGGAACUAAUCUCACGCCAAGAUUAUGGCCUUGGGCAAGUGUAGUUGGUGAGAGACUGUGGAGUCAAAAAGACGUUUCUGAUCUACAGGAUGCCUAUGAUAGACUGAAAAUUCACCGCUGCAGAAUGGUCAGACGUGGAAUAGCUGCACAACCUCUUUCUGUUGGCUAUUGUGAUCAUCAGCUCAAUGAGUAA